UCAGAAUUGGUUCUCUAUAGUUCUACAGGGUAGAGAGACAGAGACACACACAAACAGAUAGUUGAGGCUAAAGCAUUUAUCACAGAAUGGCAGCAGAGAAACCGGUUAUGAUGGUCGGAAUCGAUGAUAGUGAACAUAGUUUUUACGCACUUCAAUGGACUAUUGAUCGUUUUUUCGCUUCCUUCUCUGAAGAACAACAACCUUAUAAACUCGUAAUUGUUCAUUCGAAACCUGCCCCAGCUUCCGUCAUUGGACUUGCUGGACCUGGAGCUGCGGAAGUUUUGCCGUUUGUCGAGAUGGAUUUGAAAAGGGCAGCGACUAGGAUUGUAGAGAAAGCUAAGGAGGUCAUUGGGAAAGCGGUUAAGGAGAUCACAGUAGAUGUGGUCGAAGGCGAUGCUAGAAAUGUUCUUUGUGAUGCUGUAGAAAGACAUCAUGCAACAGUUUUGGUUGUGGGUAGCCAUGGUUAUGGAGCAUUGAAAAGGGCUGUUUUGGGAAGUGUAAGUGAUUAUUGUGCGCAUCAUGCUCACUGCAAUGUGAUGAUUGUGAAGAAACUUAAAACCAAAAAUUGAAAUUUGUAUCUUCAAAAUCAGGUUUAGAACGGACGAUCUAGAAAUCCAAAGAUCGAAUUCAUAGUUUGUUCGUCGAAUGUUGAUCAAUUGUAGUAUCUUCAAUGAAGUACAAUGUCUUACUACUAAAUAAAUGUAACGUCGAGUAUAACUGCAGGUAUUUCUGGUAAAACUAUAUUUGCCAUUAUUAUCAUUGGAGUAUACUUAGAACUUGACAUCGUACAGUUUUGUUUCCUUCUAUUCUCGUUGGUUCUGCAUUCCUUUUGGAUUGUCAGGUCAUAGAUAUACCGCUUUUUGCGAAUAAGUACUGCAUUGUGUUGGUGUC